GGCCCUGGCAGGGCGGGGCGGGGCGCGCCACUGCGCCGGGCGGCGAUGGCGGCGGACGGGGACUGGCAGGAUUUCUAUGAGUUCCAGGAACCGGCCCGGAGCCUCCAGGACCAGGAGAACUGUAACGCGAGCCCCGAGGCCGGCGCAGGGCCGGGCGGGGGAGGCGACGGCUUCCCGGCGCUGGCCUGCAGCUUGGAGGAGAAGCUGAGUCUGUGUUUCCGCCCCUCGGGUCCGGGCGCCGAGCCCCCGAGGGCGGCCGUGCGGCCCAUCACCGAGUGCAGCCUCCUGCAGGGGGACGAGAUUUGGAAUGCCCUGACAGAUAAUUAUGGAAACGUAAUGCCGGUAGACUGGAAGUCCUCCCAUACCAGGACCCUGCAUUUGCUUACACUGAACCUCUCAGAAAAAGGGAUAAGUGACAGUUUGCUCUUUGAUGCAUCAGACGACGAGGAGCUGAGGGAACAGCUGGAUAUGCAUUCGAUCAUCGUCUCCUGCGUUAAUGAAGAGCCGCUCUUCACUGCAGAGCAGGUUAUUGAAGAAAUUGAAGAAAUGAUGCAGGAAUCUCCGGACCCAGAAGAUGAUGAAACGCCCACCCAGUCAGAUCGGCUGUCCAUGCUGUCCCAGGAAAUCCAGACUCUUCAGAGAUCCAGCACAAGCAGUUACGAAGAGAGAGUAAAGAGGCUCUCAGUAUCUGAAUUAAAUGAACUACUGGAAGAAAUUGAGACGGCCAUCAAGGAAUUCUCCGAAGAGCUGGUGCAGCAGUUGGCCCUGCGAGACGAACUGGAGUUUGAAAAGGAAGUGAAGAACAGCUUUAUUUCCGCUCUCAUUGAAGUGCAGAACAAACAGAAGGAGCACAAAGAAACAGCCAAGAAGAAAAAGAAACUCAAGAAUGGCGGCUCCCAGAAUGGGAAGAAUGAGAGAAGUCACAUGCCCGGCACACGCUUCAGCGUGGAAGGGAUCUCCACUGUCAUUCAGAAUGGCCUCCGCCACACCUUUGGGAAUUCAGGUGGAGAGAAACAGUACUUGACAACAGUCAUUCCUUAUGAGAAAAAAAAUGGACCACCAUCUGUUGAAGAUCUUCAGAUAUUAACAAAAAUUCUUCAUGCCAUGAAAGAGGACAGUGAAAAGGUUCCAAGCUUGUUAACUGAUUAUAUACUGAAAGUUCUCUGCCCUACAUAGGGCAGCUUUGCGUCAGGAGCGGCUUUCUUUCGUGGGCUACAAGCGACGUCUCGUGUAGCGUUCUGAAAGCUGGCUACCACUCCCUUCCUGCCAUUGGAAACUCAGCACACUCGAACUUGGGUUUGUGAUUCAGUAUUACUAGAUCACGCUUUCACUAAUUCUUUAUAUUAUGACCCAUGAGCAGUACGGCACUGUUCUCAAUUCUAGAGGUGUUUUUGUGUUAAAUACUAACAGUUACGAGCUCUUCUCUCCUCUAAUUUGUAGAGGAAGGGGGAGUCCUUUUGUGCAUGCGCAGUUGUAUUUUUUCUGAAUUGACAGUACGACCAGUUGAGUGUUUGACUUUCUAGAUCUGAGCUGCACUAAAGAACUAGAUUAAAGCACUGAGUGAUUUAUGUUGUAGCUGUUCUUCGAUGGUGGCAAGAACCGACACUGAUCUUUAUAAGGGGACUGUCAGGAUAAAUAUUACCUACCAGUAUUGUCCAGGGAGACGGACGCUGACCUGUGGGCUGUUGUUGGAAGAAGCCGAAGUGGAACGUGCGCUCGGUGGCCGCAGAGGGCCCGGGGGUGGGGGGUGGAGGGGCGGAGAGGGCUGACAGGGCGGACGCUGGAGGUUGCUACCGGUUUCUCCACUGUUCACGCGUUAACCAUGAAGUUGCCAUUCACUUUCAGAACUUUGUAUUGUUGAACUCUGUAUGUUUUUAUGUUUUGCUUCCCAUGUCUGCGAAGAAGUGUCCUUUACAGGGAGUCUGUGUUCCUUGAGGUGCUUUCAUGUCUGCGCAGCCCCCCCCCCCAGCUCUGUGUCCUUCGUGCCCAAGUGUCCUCCCCACGUGCUACCCUGGGAAGCAGCUACUCAUCCGCCUGGCUCUGGUCCUGAGACACUUCUCUGCCAGUUCCAGUCAAGUCAUUGCCAUUUAAUAAAUGUUGGAAAAAAGGGUAA